AUGGUCGCCAGGCAUCGCCAGCCGCGCGCCGCCAGCGCGCUGCUGCGGGCGGCCGCGGCCUUUCUUCCGGCAGCGGCGCUGCUCGGCGCCUCCCGCGGCGCACCCGCUUGGCGCCUUAGUCCAGGCGUGCCCCUCGCGGUGGCCGCGCUCGCGCGGCCCCUCUGCGGCCUGCGGCCCCGGACCGCGCCGGCGGGCACGCUGGAGUCCGCCGUGCGGGCGCGCGCGCUCCGCAGGGGCCCGAAGGACGUGGACCGCAGGGCGGCGAAGAUCAAAGGCCUCGCGCCGACCGAGAUGGCACGGAGGGUCGCGCUGGCCCUUCAGGAGCGCUCGUGGUUCGUCAGCGGCGACAUCGCGAUAGAGCUGUUCGACGACGAGUUCCUCUUCGUAGACCGGCCGCAGGGCAAAGACCAGGUCGAGGCUGACGCUUACGUCGACAAGCGGGCUGAGCUGUCCGAUCUGCAAGCCAAGAUGCAGCAAUUCCCGUCGGUGACCGACUCGCGGAUUGCUUCGGGCUUUCGCGAGGAUAUUGAGCGCAAGCUCCAGAAACUGCUGCAGAUUGUGGACUGCCAAAAGGCUGACCUGGAGGCUCCGAUCGCCCAGGUUGGGGCGGGGGCGGAUAGAGGCGGGCUCUCGCGGACCCAUUCUCCCGUAGCCGAGUUCCUUCGGGCGGAGUCCGGCGUCCGCUUCGAGGCCGUCGAGGCGCAGUUGACGUUGUUCAGCGAGAACUUGGACUCCGCGCCCUGGCUCUCGUGGCCAUGCGCCGAGCAGCACAGCAUGCCGGUUCAGUAG